CGUCGCACGGUGACGCGACCCAUCGUCGACGGGAUCAUCUGGUCGCUCGAGCAAGAGCAAGCGCUCGACGUCCUCGCGAUGAACGUUCGCACGACGGUCGUGAAGCUCGCCGCGGACGGGUCGCUCGUCGUGUUUUCGCCGCAGGCGCCCACGGGAGAGUUCUUCCGCGCGAUCGACGCGCUGGGUCCGGUGUCGCACGUGGUCUUGCCGACGUACGCGCUCGAGCAUAAGGUGUAUCUUCCCGCGUUUUGCCGCCGGUAUCCAAACGCGAGGGUCUGGGUCGCCGACGGGAUCUGGAGUGUACCGAUCGAUCUCCCGCUGCCGCUGCUCGGGAUCGACCCGUCGAGCGGCGGCGUCUUGAAGCGCGCGGAGGAUCGCGGCGCGGACGACGUCGCGCCGCCGUGGGCGGACGAGAUCGACUAUAAGGUUCUGAGAGUGGACAGCGCGGGCGCGAACCCGUACGUCGAAGCCGUGUUUCUUCACGCGGCGUCCAAGACGUUAAUCGUCACGGACUUGGUGCUGUCGAUCCCGGCGACGCCGCCGGAGGUGAUCAGCCGCGAGCGGCUGCUAAACCUCGCGCCGAACGACCCCGCGGACGCGCCCGCGGCGGACACGGAGGAGAAUUUGAAGAUUGGGUGGGCCAAGGCGUCGCUCGUCGUGUCGUUUCUCGGGCCGUCGCGGCAGUCGCAAAUCAAAGGCGGAGCGUACGACGGGAAGCUGAAGUGGGAGCCCGGGUUCGAGGCGAGCUUCGAGAAGAUCAGCGACCGGCUGAUACCGUCGCCCAUCCUUCGCACGCUCGUGUUCAGCAAAGGGAAAGGCCCGACGCGGCGGUUCGUGAACGAGGUGUGCGACGACUGGGGCGGCCAGUUCGAGACCAUCGCGCCGGCGCAUUACGACGCGCCAGUGCCGGGCGACUGCGCGUCGUUGCGCGCCGCGUUCGCGUUCAUCGACGAC